CCAAGCCCAGACAGGCUGGAGUAGAAUAUACUUCAGAUCUUAUUUGUGAUUGACAGCCAGACCGAGGACACUUAAUGAUCGCGGAGGCUGGGCAAACCCGGUCCUGCAGCGGCUGGAGUAGUUUUGAGUGGAAUAGGCACACCGAUGAAUACAAAGCAGAGAAAGAGAGAGAUGCGAUAGAAGAAAAGUGAACAUUUCGGUGUCAUCUCCGGCAUAGACCCCGUGUAUGCCACCUUUGCCUGUGUUUCUCUGGAUGGAUAGUGGACCCGCCUCACCUUCUUCCUCCAUGUUGGCGGGCCGUUCCACAUUGUGGCGUCUGUCUGAGAGGAGGAGCAGAAAGGCUGGGUCAGCGAACAUUUUCAGCAAUGUGAAUCUGUGGCAGCUCCAGAGGCUCUUCAGGGCAGCAGGGGACCAGGAUGCGGAGCAGAGGGCCCAGUUAAUUUGGGGCCACGGAGAUGAGGCUGAACUUGCUAAGGCCUUAAUAGGACUGAGGGCCCGAAGCCACCACAAAGGGCUAAGGACUAAUGGAAGGGAUGCGUUGGGCACACACUGGCUGCGAGCCUUCAGCCACCUCAGGAUUGGGGAGAGCUCACCAAGCAGCCAGGGGAAAGAUCCCAGCGAGGAGAGUGAUUCUGAGGCAGGAGCACAGAGCAGUCCAGAGCCCCGAAGACACACCUCAGUAGGAACAGGAAGAGUAGGGUCCUCAGUGGUACUAAAUGAGAGCCAGGACCCUGCAAUGACACCCGAGAAACCAGUCAGAUCCAAUUCAGUACUGAGAAGAGGAGGGGAGAACAAACCAGAGAGAUACCUACACCGAAUACUCCACUGACUUCACAGUCAAAACUGGAACGGGGUUGAAAUAUAACACAGGCACAGGCAGUGGCAGUUUUAGGUGGAACUAAUAACGGAAAAGUUUCUCAUAAUACCAAAGUGUCUUAUUGGCAGGAUCUGCCCUGUGGCACACCACACAUCCACUUGAACAUUUCAGCACAAACCUGUGAGUGGUUGAAGGUAUCUCACACCUUUUUUACAGUGAAUGGCUCUCCAUAACUGCCUUGUGUUUUCUUAAAUGCAUCCUACCAGCCACACUAACCAGGCACACUGACAAUUUGUUAUUGCUGAUAUAAGUUUAAGUGGUUUCCCUUUAGAAAUCAGUAUCCGGACAACCCGUUAUAAAACGAUUUAACUAUAUUGCAAAGUCACACUUUCGGUACCAACAGAAGGCUUAUAUGUAUUUCUAUAUUAUAUACUUUAUGUAUGCACACGUGUUUAUAUGUUUGUAAUUUAGCUUGAAAAUAUGUUAAUGUUCAAAUUUUGUAUUUACACUAACCAAUGCUGAAAAAGGAAAAUGUCACACAACCAAGAUCAGGUGCAUUUUACCCCCCAUGUUCCGGAGUCACGAGUGUGGUACGUUACACUACAUUAUAAAUAUUAUGAAAAGUAGGAAUAA